UGGCUGUUGUGGAAUUUUCGCUUGUCUUUCUCAAUUAUACGUGGAAGUUUUUUUUCUUAUUACAGGGCACCAGCAACAUCGAAAGUGUUAGAAAAUGUCGGAAGACAAAACAGAAUUUGAUUGGGGAAACGAAAAAUUACAACGUGCUCAAAAGACAGUGGAUGAAUCGCCUUACGAUCUGGAAGCAUGGAGCAUCCUGAUUCGGGAAGCACAAAACAGACCUAUCACGGAAGUGAGGCCAGUGUUCGAGAAGCUUGUCACAGUAUUUCCUUCUGCCGGUCGUUACUGGAAAAUUUAUAUAGAACAAGAGAUGAAAAUGCGCAACUUUGAGAAGGUGGAAAAGCUUUUCCAAAGGUGCCUCAUGAAAAUCUUAAAUAUUGAGUUGUGGAAACUUUACCUUUCUUAUGUCAAAGAAACGAAAGCCAGCCUGGCGACGUACAAGGAGAAAAUGGCGCAAGCGUAUGACUUCGCGUUGGACAAAAUCGGUAUGGACAUUCAUUCCUACAGUAUUUGGAACGACUACGUGAUGUUCUUGAAAAGCGUGGAGGCGGUUGGCUCGUAUGCGGAGAAUCAAAAGAUUAGCGCAGUCCGUAAGGUGUACCAACGUGGUGUCGUUAACCCUAUGAUUAACAUGGAACAAUUGUGGAAGGACUACAUGGCGUUUGAGCAAAACAUAAACCCGAUAAUUGCGGAGAAAAUGGCAAUCGAGCGAUCCAGGGAUUACAUGAACGCGCGACGGGUCGCCAAGGAAUUGGAGGCUGUAACCAGAGGACUGAACCGAAGUGCGCCUAGCGUGCCUCCAACCGGGCAUCCGGAAGAAGUGAAACAGGUCGAGCUGUGGAAGAAAUAUAUUGCGUGGGAGCGCAGCAAUCCUUUGAGAACGGAGGACACUUCGUUGGUCGCCCGGAGAGUGAUGUUCGCCAUUGAACAAUGCCUGCUGUGCCUGGGCCAUCAUCCGGCAGUCUGGCAUCAGGCUGCGCACUUUUUAGAAUUAAGUUCGAAAAUAUUAACCGAGAAAGGCGAUGUAAACGCAGCGAAAAAUUUAAGCGACGAGGCCGCCACGAUGUUCGAAAGGGCGACCAGCACGUUGCUUUCGAAGAACAUGUUGUUGUAUUUCGCACAUGCAGACUUCGAGGAGGGAAGAGUUAAAUACGAGAAAGUCCAUCAAAUAUAUCAAAAGUUCCUCGACAUACCCGAUAUCGAUCCCACAUUAGCGUAUGUACAGUACAUGAAAUUCGCGAGACGCGCGGAGGGUAUAAAAUCGGCUAGAACGGUAUUCAAGAGAGCCAGAGAGGAUCCAAGAUGCAAACAUCACGUGUACGUGGCCGCUGCGCUGAUGGAAUAUUAUUGCACUAAAGAUAAGAACAUAGCGUUUCGGAUAUUCGAACUGGGUUUGAAGAAGUUUGGAGACAAUCCGGACUACAUACUUUGUUACAUCGACUAUUUGUCGCAUUUAAAUGAGGAUAAUAACACCAGAGUUCUGUUCGAGAGGGUUUUAUCUUCCGGUAGUUUAGAACCAGAGAAAUCAGUUGACAUAUGGAACCGUUUCUUAGAGUUCGAGUCGAACAUCGGUGACUUAGCUAGUAUCGUUAAAGUUGAGAAGAGACGCAGUGCGGUCUUAGAAAAGAUUAAAGAAUUCGAGGGCAAGGAAACCGCUCAAUUGGUAGACAGAUACAAAUUCUUGGACUUGUAUCCCUGCACUCCGAUGGAGUUGAGGUCCAUAGGCUACAUGGAGGUAUCCAGCGUGACCAGGAACACCGCAGGCGUGUUACCGCGAAUCCCGGACCCAGAGGAAGCCAUAGCCUCCCUGCCCAGACCGGAUCUGUCGCAGAUGAUCCCGUACAAACCAAAAGUGAAUCCGCUGCCGGGCGAACAUCCGGUUCCCGGUGGUUCUUUCCCGUUGCCGCCAGCUGCGGCGCAGCUUUGUACCAUGCUCCCGCCACCUGGUUGUUUCAGGGGACCAUUCGUAGCGGUGGACCUGCUGAUGGACGUGUUCAACAGGAUCCAAUUACCGGACCAUGACGGUUCCGUUCUUUUUCCAGCCCCGUUACCGAUCGCGGAUAACGGCUGUGACACCAAGCUGUUCGACCUCGCGAAAUCCGUGCACUGGAUCGUCGACGAGAGCAACGACGGCGUCAGCAUCGGAUCGAAGCGCAGGAGGACGCGUCUGGGUGGCGACGACAGCGAGGAGGAGGACCUGCCGCCGCCGCCCGCGAACGACAUAUACCGCCAAAGACAACAAAAACGAGUGAAAUGAAAGCGAACGGGUUCGCGCGGGAGCCAAGUUGACCGAGAGACCAGAGCUUUACACGUUUCCAAUGCAUUCUGGGCUUGUCCCGACUUACACGUUGUCGUAUAUAUAUUUUUACAUUUUCCGUUUGUCCCGGGAACCGGACGUUCCCGACACGGGAGCAAACCUAUUAAUUACCGAGACGCGUGUGUUAGGUAUAACGAACGAUUUAUCUAAAUUCUUUAUGUGACACUGUGCACGAUAUUUUGAGUGCUAUGUACUCAGAAGUUCUUUAUGCUGUUCAUUUUCAUUUUGCGUAGUGGAUGUGUUCAUUCACAUGUACGUAAACACACUGACAGAAAAACACACACACACUCACAGACACAUAGACACAUACACAGAGGUUACAGAAGAACGCGCGAAAUGGAUCUAACCGGAUCAUCGGAUAGCGUUUCGUAGUUUAUCUUCGCCGCGAGCACACACGACCGAGAGACUUACUUUUUACGGCAUCGAUCGAAAAGCGGAAAUUAUUGCUCAGGGAUCGUUGAUCCGUCUCGCUACGAGUACCUCAUCAGCGGGAUUAGCACGAUCAUUAUGUUUCUAUCCAGCGACUUGUUUUAUCGCCUGCAACCAUACUGUACGAUCAACACUUUUCGUAACGGCCAUCUGACUUGUGUGACAGGUCGAGCGUAUUUGGACAAAAACGGUUCUAAACUUUCGAUAAAUUUCUUGUAUAUUCCCGCAGAUCCGGCUGGAACGGCGGAUAUUUCAACGCGGAACAUUUGUCCCGAUACGUUCGCCCAACGUGCUGUAGAUUUUACUUCGAUGUACAGGACCAAUAAAUGAUCAGCAUCCUCUAU